UUUGGUCUGGGUCUGUGAACUUCAGCGUGACUUCAGCGACAUACACAGGGGUUAAAAACAACUCUUUCCAAACUUUCAACUAUAUUAACGCUGCGCAAAUACUAGGAAUAUCAAGCCCUAAUGUGUUUGGCUUGUGGUUCUGAUUAAUGCCAUAUGCCACAUCGGUUUAAGUAACAGGAGAAAUGUGCUGUUAUCAGUUUCUUUUUUCAUUGUCUUCACCGGCUGUGGAAGUGAAUCGUGGUCACAUGCAAACUCCCCAUUACUGAAUCGAUGUGUGUUGUUUUAAAGCCGAUUCAGAAUUGUGCCUCUUCUCAGUGAAUAUAAAAAAAUCUCUUAGUCGUCUCCCCAAAGGCACAGAAAUAAGAGACACGACGCGUAGCUGCGACUGGUAAUGAUCACCGUAGGUAACAUAAUGUCCGGGGCUCAGGGCUAACCAUGUCAGGUAUUAACAGAGCCAGUGUGAUUAAAUGUGGGAGGUAGGAGCUGUGAGGCUGGCGGAGAGCGCUGCCGCCGCUGUGAGCUGCAAACUACUGAAUGGGAAUCUAUCCGGCAACUUCACCAGACCGCUGUCUCACGGCGACACGGGGGCUCUGCGUAAAACCAAGCGGCGCGUCUCCAAGUCUGGGUCAGCCCAACUCACAGACGGAGAGGACGCUGAAGUUGGAUCGGGCGAGCAGCUUUUCACUUGUUACCGGCGCUCGGCUCCCACUAACAUGCCUGCCAUCAAAAAGGAGAGGCUGGAUGGAGACGACAUGGCAUUGACUGCGUUCAACCAGUCCGAAUACCUGGCCCCUUUAAAUGCCACCGCUAUCCCCGUGGUGACCCCGCAUCCGCCGCCCUACGACCACAUUUUCGCCCAUCACCGCGCGUACUUGGGGCUCCACGACUCGGCGCUGCAUCACCAGCACCUCCACCAUCACACGGACGACUUAAUGCUGGAGAGGUUCUCCUCCAUCCCCGACUUUCAGCCCUUCUUCGACAACGGGGAGCCGUGCAUCGAGGUGGAGUGCGGGGAAAACAAGGCUUUGCUUUAUAUCAAUAAAUUGUGUCAAGGUAGUAAAGGACCCUCAAUUAAAUACAGGGGCGAGUGGCUCACCCCCAACGAGUUCCAGUUUGUCAGUGGACGGGAGACUGCCAAAGAUUGGAAACGGAGUAUUAGACACAAAGGGAAAAGUCUCAAGACUCUUAUGUCCAAAGGAAUCUUACAGGUGCACCCUCCAAUCUGUGAUUGUCCUGGCUGUCGAAUCUCAUCUCCAGUGAACCGCGGGCGCUUGGCCGAGAAACGCACCAUCCCCCUUCCCCCCAACCGGGUGCCCAAGAAGGAGCUGGCCUCCAUCUUCAGCAGUGACGACAGUGAAGGCAGCGAGCGGGCCAGUGGAGAUCAUGCCCACAUCAAACAGGAGGACGAGUUGCAUUACAGUAUCAUGAGAAAGAGUCGUGACAGUGACCUCUCUACAAUCAUCUCCAACCUGCACCACACCAGACAGCACGGCAUGCCCGAGGGCCAGUCAGCCUCUGACCACAACACCAGUACUGGACACACAGAUGACCUUCUAGGCAAGAGAAGAAGCUUCUCUCCCAACAGCAGCAGCGAGUGUCCCUCUGACAGCAAGAAGUCACGUAGCGUAUCCCCCAAAGAGAACUCCCAGAGCCCAGUGGUGGAGGCAGGCGGCAGCCACGGCCACAUGAGCCCUGAGGAGCACUACAGGCGCAUGAUGUCAGCGCUCAGCGAGCAAGGGUCCUAUGAAGAACAGCAGCAACGACUCUACCAGCUGGCGAGCAGCAUGGGUUUGCCCGGCCAUGGUCAGUCCACUGGCUCUGUAUUUGUAGACAUGCUGCGUGCUCGCCAGGAGGCGUUGGCUGCUGCGGUGAGGAAUCCAGCAGCCUUAGAAGCUCACCUGCCCUCAGCGGGCAGCUCCUCUUCUUCCAGCCAGAGACGCAAGCAGGGUCUGCCGCAGCACCGGGACGCACAUUACACCGACAGAGACCUGUCCCACCCUCCACCGCUACUGUCCCCUCCAACUGCCCCUCACAUCGCCUUAGGACCUCACCUGCGGCCUCCUUUCCUGGGCAUGCCCUCCGCUCUCUGCCAGGCCCCUGGUUAUGGGUUCCUCCAACCAGCUCAAGCUGAGAUCUUUGCCCGACAACAGGAGAUGUUGAGGAAGCAGAAUCUGGCCAGACUUGAGAUGUCGGCAGAGCUGCUGAGACAGAAAGAGUUGGAAAGUCUCCACCAACGACAGCAGCAGCAGCAGCGUCUUCUGGGCUCCGACCCUCUGGGAGCUCUACCUCCUGGCCUGCCUCCCGACCAUCCAGCCCUGCGAAGCCUCCAUGACAUCCCAGAGGGCCAUCCGCUCCGUGAGGAACUGGCCCGCCGCUCAAAUGCAAUGCUGGUGCUACGCCAUGGGGCUGCUACACCCCUCCUGACUCUGAACCACCACCAGCAUCAACAACCAGGGCCACCCUCCACACCCAAAGACACCCAGGCACAGAGAUCCACCGCCGGGCCAGAUGCCGAAUCCAGAAAGGCCCCCCGCAGGGCCCCUCAGACACAGCUCCAUGCUGGGGAUCACACAGGUGGAAGGGAGGGAGACAGGGAGGUGCAAGAUGAGGAGAUGAAGGACUCGGACAGUGAGACAGAGAUGUGUGAGGAGAAGCAGGACAGUGUCGGUGCCAAGUCCAGCAGUAAACCCAGGGACAGGGAGCGAGACGGGGGUAAAGACACUGGCAGCAAGGGAGUGUGUGACAUUGCCAAGGAGACCGGAGAGAGCUCUGGCCGGCUGAGCGCCCCUUGUAGCUCAGCAGGUACAGAGUCACCCAGUCGCCACCUCUUCACCCCUGGACUGGGCAAGGCUGAUGUCAAGUACCACCUGCCACCUGGGUUCAUGCCACCGCUGCCUGCUCUUCACGCCCAGUCACUGCCCUUUGGAUUCCCCUACGCCAACCCCUACUUUCACACGGGCUCUGUGGGAGGUCUUUUCAUGGAUGGGGAGGACUCAGCCACAGCAAACCCUGUGGAGGACAUCAGCAAGUGGAGUGUGGAGGACGUGUGCGGUUUCAUAAGCAGCCUGGCCGGAUGUGCUGAAUACACACAGGUGUUUCGGGAGCAGGCCAUCGAUGGAGAGACAUUACCGCUGCUCACUGAGGAGCACCUGCUCAACACCAUGGGACUAAAGCUGGGGCCAGCGCUCAAGAUCCGCUCACAGGUGGCGCGGCGUGUUGGCAGGCUGUUCUACAUGACUGGAUUCCCGCUGGCGUUCCCGUUUCCGCCUUCUGCUGCACUGCGCCCCCCAGAACGCGAUCGGGACCCCCUGACCACGCCAUCUGACACCCCUCUGCCUCUCUCUCUGUCCCUGCCCCACAGACCCACCUCCACCAGCAGCAGCUCCUCUCCGUACAGCGGACCCACCCCUGGGUGCUCCUCUCCCAAGCAAGAAAAUGGUAACGGCUCCACGGUGGUGGGAAGAUACGAGGCCAAAACUCCUUCGUAGGAGAGGACGGGCAGGGGUGAGGAGGGCAGACCUGCCUCAGACUAACAUGACUCAGAGAGACUGACUCCCCCACCUUGGGACCUUUACGCAGAAAUUUAGGGGAAAAUAUUGAACUGGAAUAAAAGACAACUGGACCGUAACUGACAAACCAAUUGGCUUCUGAGUUCAUCUGCAGCGGCCAUAGCCGAGCAGAGUCCAAACAAACUGGGUUGGAAGGGAGACACGUGAAGCAACAGAGGAACAGAGAAAGAGAAAAAAGAGGAAAAGGAGACAGCUGGUCACAGACAGCCUGCCAAAAAAGGAGCGAAGCCCUGCCACAAAUGCGACAUUCUUGCAAGUCAGACAGUCAGACGCUAGCGGAAACUCUUCCUUCCUUCCUGGGCUGGAGGAAGCUCUGUUCACUCACUUUCUUUCUCUUGUCUCCGUCUCUCUGACUGCUCUCACCACAAGCCCUGCAGAACCCAGGAAUUAAAAAGAGACGCCUCUCUCCCCCCUUCCUCCCCCGCCUGUUUCCCGAGGCCAAACAGCAGCGUGGAGCAGUCUUUUUAGAGGCUGGAGUUGAAGCAUAUGCUGAGCAGCACCAGAUCUGACCCACUCCCUCUUAUCACUGCAACUAUGCAUUCCACUGUCCCGAUACCAAAGAUGACCGGAUGUGUGGAAUUCAAACUGUGUUUCACAAUGUGUCUGCUUCUUUUUGCAUUAAUGGUCUCAGAGAAAGACUGGUCCAACAGGGAAAUGCUAGGCUAGUGCCUCACAUGAUGGGACUGUGUUUGAGGUGACAAAGGUUGCGCUGUCAUUACCUGACAUACAAACGCUUAUAAGUGAUGGUGAAAUGGAGAAGCCUCGAUGGUGGCUUUGAUGUAUGCGGCUUACGUCAUUGUAUGCUCGUGUUGACUACUGUGGGAGGUAGGAAAAACAUGCAAAAUUGUACAGAAUCAUGCUUAAGAUGAAAAUAUCCUGAAGGUUACAUACGUGGUACUUUUACUUUUUGUUAAAUGUAGUUGCACGAAUAAGGUUUUCUUUACUGAAGAAAAAUGUGACUUGCUGAACUUUGGUGGUACUUUUGUUCAUACUCUUUUGUUCUGCCAUUUUUUAAAAAGUGUAAUAUUAAAAAACGCUCCAAUCUUGAAUGCUACUUCAGCAUAUAAAUAUGAGGAAAAAAAUAUUUAUAGGACUUUUGAUGUAGUAGAUAAAGCAGAUUAUGAUAUGUAUUAUAAUUAGCCCUUGAGAUGGAUUCCAAAGAUACUUUUACUUUGUUUUCUCUUGGUUGCAGGGAAAAGAAAGGCACAAAGCUCUUAAUGCAAAUGUUUUGAAUUUGUUAUGGAUUUUUUUUUUUAACUACGCAAGCAAUGAAUUAAAAAUGGUCUCUAGAUUUCCCUUCAAAAGUUUUGUCUUCAUCCUAUUUUUCUAUUCACCACACAGGUGAAAUAAAUCCUAAAGAAAUCCCUCUGCUUUCUCUUUGCUCUCAUGUUUGUGUGCCUGCGUCAGACAACGUAUAUGCGCCUUUUCCUCCUCAGGUGUUUGUGGUUCUGCUGGUAAAACGAGCAGGAGGGAGUAUGCGGUCUCCUGAUGUGUGUGUGUGAAGGGGAGAUGGCCCAUGGGGGGGGCACAGUUCAGGUCAACACCAGCUGUCAGAGUGUGAGGUUCAGCCGCAGGCCAAGGCCUCCCCUGCCUGUGGGGGAUAAACCUGACCCUCCUCUUCCACCCACACACAUACAGGACCAGAACCAGGAACUCGCACUUACCUUCCUCCUUCAAAGAGUUAACACUGAAGCAGAACGCUCUACAGACUCUACUGGGACUUCCCCUCGCUUUAGGCUGGGCCUCUGCACCACAUGGUUCUGCGUUCACUGAAAACGACUACAGAGGGAAAGUGACGACACAAAAAUGUUUCUCAAAUCUUCAUUGUGGCGUUUAAAUCCAUGUCAAACAAUCCCUCUGCCCUGUAUUGUAGCACCAGUGAAUGCAAGCAAUAGUGGUUCACCCAACAGAGGCCAGUAUCACCCCGAGUUUAGUGGUGAACGCUGGCGAAAAGGUGCAGUGAAGUCGAGAAAGAAAAGGGGGAUAAGUUGGAGUAGCGAAGCCGUGUCUGAGCAUGUGAAUACACAGACAGAGAAGACAGUGGUCUGGGCGGGGGGUGGGUGAGGAGUUGGCACAGAAACAGACCAGCCUGUGUUGCUGCUCUACCACCUGGGCAGAGAGUCUUGGCACACCAUCAGACGCCACCCUGCCAGCCUGGCACAGCACUGCUGCCUCAGGGCUCAACACCCGCCUCUCUGUACCCCUCCUCUUGGCCGGCCCAUCCUGGCUCGGCCCGGCUCAUAGCUCUCUCCAAAUAGCCCGUCCUCACAAAG